AUGGCGUUAGACUUGGUGAGCAUAGCACAACCGCAUUACAUACCAGGUUACACAGGCCACUGUCCGGAGUACAAGUACCGGAUAGGAGACACCUAUGGGUCCACUACGCACAAAAUACUUUUGGACCCUAGUGUUCAACAUUCGGAGAGACUUGUCCUAUCCGACAGGACAGCCGACGAUUUUCAGAUCUACCGUCCACCGCAGACGGACAUUGACGUGGUAAACGCGAGGUUUCGUAACGGCGAUCCGGUUUACAAGCAUCCCAUGAUACCGGGAUAUGAAGGUUUCUUGCCACGGUUGAACGCGCAUUUCGGUCAGCGGUAUACGGUGGCGGCCACGGAAGCCCUAUCUGAGUUUGAAAGGACACAGCUCAACCAACGAGCGGCUAGGAAUCAAUUGGAGAGAGUUGUCGACUUGCAAGCUGGAAAGGGGCAACCAUGGGAUUUAGCCGACAGAUUUUCUGCCACGGCGGAGUUCAAGCUACCACUAGUUGCAGUUAGACCGGAAUGCGCGGGAAUUUUACGCGAUGAGCCUAUGGACGAACCGAAAUUGUCACCGCCUUCACACUCCAUUAGUCCCUACUUUAUGGAUAACGAAGACCCGGAAAAAUAUAUCAAAAAAGGGUUUACAGGCCAUGUACCAUAUGGUUUUCAACGAUUCGGUGAACCGUCGAAGAAGCUUACGAAUUCGGCACUUUGUGACUUCUCUUCAAAUUACAGAAGAAGACAAAGUACUGAAUGGGCACCUGUCAAUGUAGUCAAGUGA